AUGGAGGUUUGGGCGAGUUUGCACCCGGAGUGUGAGUACAUAUUCCAACUGGAACGAGAAGAGCAGCUCUGUUUAAGAAGAAUCGCUGAACAUGAAAACCUUAGCACGUCAGGACAGACAGGCUGCCUUCCAGUAUGGGACUCCGCGGUGUGUUGGCCCAGAGCAGCAGUUGGAGAAACUGUUCAGUCCCCCUGUCCUGCUGUCUUCUCUCUCUUUAGCAACCACACAGGUACAGUGAGUCGUAACUGCACCAGUUUGGGCUGGUCGCACCCGUUCCCUCCAUACCAUGAAGCCUGCAGCAUCGAAGAUGACAUCCCAGAGGUCAGUGAAUCGUACUUCACCAUGGUGAGACUGAUCUACUCCAUUGGCUACGGGGUCUCUCUGAUCUCGCUGUCCAUUGCGGUGGUAGUCCUGCUGAUCUUCAGGAGGUUGCACUGUGCAAGAAACUACAUCCACAUCCAACUGUUCAUCAGCUUCAUCCUCAAAGCAGCAUCUGUGUUCAUUAAGGACGCUAUACUCUUUGGCAACGAAGAUACCGACCACUGUUCGCUGUCUACUGCAGCCUGUAAGGCAUCUGUCAUUUUCUGUCAUUACUGUGUGAUGAGUAAUUUCUCCUGGCUGCUGGUGGAGGCGGUGUAUCUCAACUCUCUGCUCCUGUCGGCUUUCCCUCGCAGUCGCCGCUGUCUCUGGGGCUUCUCUCUGCUAGGCUGGGGAGUUCCUCUGUUUUUCAUCCUCCUCUGGAUCAUCUCCAGGAUGUAUUUCGAGGACACAGAAUGCUGGGACAUUAUCGAAGAGUCCCCGUACUGGUGGAUAAUCAAGGGUCCGAUUGUUGUAUCCAUAGGGAUUAACUUCCUGCUGUUCCUGAACAUCAUUAGGAUACUGGUGCAGAAGUUGAACCCGCGGCUAAUUCAGUUCAACAACUCGCCACAGUAUAGACGCCUGACCAAGUCCACUCUUCUCCUUAUCCCCCUGUUUGGGACCCAUUACGUGGUGUUUAACUUCCUGCCGGACUUCACUAACAUGAGCCUGCGUCUCUGUUUAGAGCUGUGUCUCGGCUCAUUCCAGGGCCUCGUGGUGGCAAUUCUCUACUGUUUCCUGAACCAAGAGGUCCAGAAAGAGGUGCGUCUGAUGUGGAUGCGCUGGCAGGAGAGCAGUUACGGCGUUGUUAUCGCCGGGGCCAAAGGCAGCCAGAUGGAUACACCAUUCUGAUUCUGUCUAUGUUUGGCAAACCAGAGUCUUUAGGGUUUUUUCCUCCAUUUUUCUGCUUUUUUCGCCAACAGCAAGGGAACAAGACUGUGAUGGUCAGCUCCUGUUGUCAAAUGAUCAGUGAUCAGGCCUGGCAUGAGAUUCACUUUUAGUUUAGAAGGUGUGAAGCUGUGGCUCUGUGACACAAACUGACAGGAACAGAAAUCAAAAGAAAAGAAAGACCCACAACAAUGCUUUAUAAAUACAACAAAAACAUUUCUGACCAGUCGCUAUGCUAGCUUGUAGCUAUUGAAAUAAUUUAUAUCUUACCCAAUCUUACUUUUUUAAGGCAAAUUAUUAACUGAGAUUGUCAGCUUAAAAGAAAAACUUACCGUGGGAAACUUUUACGUGAAAUGUGACUAUAAUUAUGGCAAGCAAACGCUUCGAAUUUCUAAUGUUCAAUCCUCAGUGUUCAAACAUUUCAAUCUGUUUGUCUGUCACUCAAUUAUUUCAGAUCUUUUCUUUCUUCUUUUAAUUAAAAGAAACUCUUUUUUUGCUCUCUUUGAUGUGAAACUCAAUUCCUGUGAAAAUCGUUAAAAAGCCCCCCACCACCCCACACUCCCCCCACACACAAAUCCCAAUCCACCUUUUCAUCAAAGCUUCAUUUUCUUUAGCGGGCAGGGAUUUAAGAAUAAGACGCGGAGCUGAGCAUCACACCUCUGGCUUCUGGGGUGGAGCUACAGUAAAUCCUGGCCUGGAAAUUUUAACACACCUGAUCAUUUCAGAUUCAUUUCAGUAUACAUCAUUAACAUUAGAAGAUUUUUCAAGAUUAUUAAAAUGACAGAUGAUGCCUUUAAUGCACAAAUAUCUACAUACAUUCUUUAUACAUUCAUAGAAAGAGAAUCAAUUUUUAAAAAGGUAAAAUCUUUACCGCUUUACUCCCAGAGUUAAUAAAACUUCAGUCCAGUUUUUGUGGCAUUUAAAGUUCAUGAGCAUGUGAGCGCAUUUGUGUACUUUCUUUAAAGGACACUACAAGGACAACACUCUCAGAGAACAAAAAUAAGCCUGAAAUGUUCCCGGUCUACAUGGAAUUCUCCCACCCAUCCCCAAAAACAGCACUCUCUUGAUUUUUUAAAAAAAAGUCCUUAAAAAAUGUGGACGCUCACUCCUUUUAUUUCAAAACUCACACAUUUCAAGGGUUUAAGGCAGAAAGCAGGACAAGUGCAAAUGGCUUUGUGCAUUUGUUUUAAGGAAGGAAGUAGAAGGCAGAAUUUUUCAAGAAUAGAUAAAAGGGAGGUGAAUCUUCUGAAAGGGAUUUUAGAAUUUGAGCCAUGAUUUAUAUAGAAGCCACAAUGAUAAUUUUUUUUUCUGAGGCUGAAAGAAGGAAGCUUUAAGAAAGACAGUAAACAACAGCACUUGUUUCAUGAGCACUGUGAUUAUUUUGAUGCUGGUACUAAAAUUUUUGACCGUGUGGUUCUUUACUGAUGUUCAAGACGGGCAAAAGAUAGAUUUAAUAAAUUUACCAAUUUUUACUACAUUUGUAGAGAAUUUAUCAGGGAUGUGAACCUCAAACUUCCACAAAAAAUGUUCCAAUCUGACAAACUACAUUGCUAGCCUGUUUACACAUCUGUUUAAAAAUAUGAAUUAUUUUUAUACACCAGUUUUCUGUCUGAUUGUGAUGAUAAUCUGUUCAGGAUCUAUUUUAAAACACACCAAUGAAAGGUGAUGAGAUUCCUUUUUUUUUUAUUCCUUUUUUUGUUAGAAAUGUUCUGUUUAGGUAAAAAAAAAAAAGAAAUUAGGGGGGAAAGAUCUGUACAGUUUGAUUGUAAAGGCAUUUUCUGAAUUUGAUAUGUUGUCACCCAAUUUCUCCUUCCUUCUCUUCGCUUUUUCCUG